AUGUCCGGGCUUGAGGUUCUUGGAGCCGUGGCGGCUGCAGUUCAGCUGACACAAUUGACGGCCAAGACGGUCGGCUUCGUGCGGAAAAUUUCAGAGAUUGGGUCCCAAUAUUCCGACCUGUGCGAUGAGAUCAGUUUCAUUAGAGACAUCUGUGAUGAGGUGCAGAAACGCUCAAGCACAGGCAAUAUCACAGCUGGAUUUCUAGCGCAGAAGAAGGAGCUUCUAGAGAGCACCAAGACGACACUUGAGGAGAUAUCGAAACAGUUGGAAGUCAUAAAACAAAAGUCGGAGCGCUUCACGAAGCAGGGCGAACCUGAAGCCAGCAAGACGAAAUGGAUCAUCAGGGAAGGGAAAAUCGCUGCACUGCUCGAGAAGGCCCAGAAAGCUAAGACGAACCUCAAUAUCUCUAUGAACAUUCAAUCAGCCAUUGAGAUUGGGGAAACAAAUAAGACAAUGCAAGCAAUGAGCCUCCAGAUAGAUGAAAUCUAUAAGCUCAUGUCACAGAGAAUGCUGACGCAGGAGUGCGUCGUGAUUUUCGCCCGAGAUGAGUCCCCCGUUCGGCAGGCUGAUGUGAAUUCGACGGGGACUCGAGAGCUUGAGGGCGGUGAGAAAGAUCCUGGCAGUGAUAAAAUAGAACCCCAGGCGGAUGAACCUUUGACUAUCGCUGUCACGGAUCAGACGGUUGAAAGAACAACCGCGUGGAUGGCUUUGCAAAAGAAGUGUGCUUACGAAUGCCAGUGCCGAUGCCACACUAACCUUUACCAGUUAUCGAUCGGACCAUUACAGUUGAGAUUCAGGCCACCCACGGCCACGAGCAAAUGGGAACGGGGUUGCGGCUGCAACAAGUCCGAAGUGUUAUCCGUGGGAUGGCGGCUUCCUGGCCAGCGAUAUCCUGAUGUCCUCGCCUCUGUCCAAACAUACUCACUUUAUGCACUCCGCCCUGCGAGGACGAUACCGUGGGUUCAAAUUGAAUGGAGAUAUGCGAGUCUGCCGGUGCAUUACUUUCGGAAAUCUUUACAAUUGGGGAUGGCCCUGUAUCCAGAUGACCAGGACGAGACGGGGCUUUUGUUUGUUGAACACCUCAUUACCUACGAAGCGUUUGAGAUACUCGAGAUGCUUCUAAUUGAAUGGGAAACAAUCUUGCCCAAACAGCGGUUUUCAAGAAGCAUUGGACGUCACGCUAGAAUUCAAAUGAGGUACGGAACUUGCAACGAGAGCCAAGGCAGACUGCUGAAAGAAAUAAUGAACUAUGCGGAGGAUGGGCCGGAGCCGGAGACGACACCGCUCCACGAGGCAGCGAGGCAGGGAUGGGGCAUGGAAGAGGCUAUCGAGGCAUUGAAAUCGCAAUCAUACAUGCCGGGUGUUCUCGAUACGCCGGAUGAAACAGGCUAUACGGCACUACAUGUGGCUGCCAUUAUGAGACAUCACGAGUGCGCACAGGUAUUGAUCGAAGCUGGUGCAGAUGUCAAUCGACAAGCUCCCAAUGGAGACACGCCGUUGAUAAGGGCAGUCGCGAAUCAAGACAUCGAAAUGAUGCAGUUAAUCCUGUUGCGAGGGGACACUCACAGCAGAACUAACAGAAGAGAAAGAUGCCAUGCGAAUAAAAAGAACCGGAAGGGUCGAACUGCUUUGCAUGUCGCUGCCCUUUCCUGCAACCCCGAAGCUGUGCAGCUGCUCCUAGAGGAGGGAGUUUCCGUCUCGGAGGGCGACUUUUUCGGCUCCACCCCUUUGCAUUACCUGGCUGCAACAGUCUGUAGUGACGGUAGCUUAAUAAACCAAGUGGGGCGCAUUUUCGAAUUACUGCUUGGUGGAGGAAGAGCAGAUAUCAAUGCAACAGAUGUCUAUGGACUGCCCCCAUUGAUGACCGCGGUGGUUAAUAACCAGCUCGCUGCAACUCAAUACCUCAUCAAUGCAGGUGCCUCGCACACUUAUCUUACGGCAGAUUCGGGGAAUUUAUUGAACCACGCUGCUCUCCAUUGCAAUCUGGAGAUGUUGCAGCUUCUCCACCACUUAGAUUUAUCCAGAAUUAGUGUACGGCUCUACGACACAGUUGGGAACAACCCAUGGGACGCUUUUAAAUGGUGUCUCCAUCGACCCCCAGAGCACGAAAUUUACGGUCGCAGACCAAAUAAAGAAGAAGGAGAUGCUUUUGUAAAUCUGUUCAGAGGUAUUCGGGAUAGGAACAUUCAGGAUGACUGCUCCCUCCUGACACAGGCACUGGGUAGCCUCUCAUCAGAUAAUCCAGCUGCCUCAUGUCGUCAUCUUUCCAUACUGAUUGAGAACAAGGAAACCUGUGGUGAGCUGGGGACUGCUGGAUUCUAUUCGGGCAUCAAGGGGAAUAUCAAUGCUGGUGACUACGAGACCGCAAUCGAAUGCAUCGAGGAGGACCUCCACGACCUCCGCCACGAGCUAACCAUAGACCCCUGGGAUCAGACCUCGCGUUGGGAUUCAGAGGGCCCUCUUGUUUUCAAACAGCCUGCUGUAAGUUAA